AUGAUAGCCUCCACCGCAGAUGUCGAGGCCAUGCGCAGGGAUGCCGACGAGACUGAUCAGUGUCCCAAGGACAAUCUGUAUAACGACAGCACGGCCGUGGUCGAACAUGCCGCCGAGCGCAGUCUAUGCUUCAAGUUCGAUGUUCGUAUCCUGCCGGUCCUGGUAGUUAUGUACCUGUUCAACGUCCUGGAUAAAAGCAAUCUCAGCAACGCCCAAACGAAUGGGCUCAGCAGGAGUAAGGGCGCUCCCCAGCGACGUCCAACACUCCUCGAAUGCUCAGCGCUAACCCCUAUCCCGACAGAGCUGAACUUUCAACCAGGCCAGUACAAUCUCGUCGCAUCCAUCUUCUUCGUGCCCUACGUCGUCUUCGCUCCUCUAAUCGCCAUGCUCGGCAAGAAGUAUGGCCCAGCCCGCGCCUUGUCCGUUAUGAUGGUCGGCUUCGGCUCCAUAACCCUAUUUGGGGCAGCCUGCCAAAACUUCAGCGGCAUCUUCGCGGUCCGUUGGUUCCUCGGUAUGACAGAAGCCGCCUUUUUGCCCGUGACCAUUUACUACCUGACGACCUUCUAUCGACGCGGCGAGCUGGCCAGACGACUCGCCGUCUUUUAUGCUGCUUCCAAUGUUGCCAGUGCCUUCAGUGGAAUGCUAGCGUUUGGCGUGUUCCACAUCCAUGGCGAACUGUACCCUUGGCGCUAUUUGUUUCUGAUUGAGGGAUCGGCCACCGUGCUUUUCGCCGUCUUCGCCUUCUGGUAUCUGCCCAAGAGUGCAUCCGAGUCCCAGUUCCUCAACGAGGAAGAGAAGGCUCUUGCUUUCCACCGUAUGCAAAUCGACUCAUCCUCGGCCGUCUCGGAGAAGUUUAGCUUCAAGGAAGCCCUGCACAUAUUCAGGUACCCUUCGUCUUAUGCCUUCCUCGCCAUGGAAUGCUGCCUUGGCGUACCGCUCCAAUCGGUAUCAUUGUUCUUGCCUCAAAUCAUCCAGCGACUUGGCUAUUCUACCGUCAAGACGAACCUCUACACAGUCGCGCCGAGUAUCGCGGGCGCGACCAUGCUGAUUCUGAUGGCUUUUGCUUCUGACUACACUCGCGUCCGAUUUCCCUUCAUUGUCCUCGGCCUUGCUUUCGCAUUGACUGGAUUUAUCAUCUUCGCAUCUAUUACCGACAUCCAGGCCCAAAUUCAAGUUGCGUACUUUGCAACCUUCAUGAUGUGUUGGGGUGCUUCUGCGCCGUCGGUCCUGCUUUCCACGUGGUACAAUAACAAUAUCGCCCACGAGGGUCGUCGCGUUGCCCUCACGUCGGUGGGCGUGCCCAUGGCCAACGUCAUGGGCCUGGUAGCCAGUAACGUAUUCCAACAACAUGAUGCCCCCAAGUAUACGUCGGCCCUCAUCACCACAGCCUGCUUUGGCGUUUCGGGUGUUCUUCUUGCGUGCCCUCUAGGGCUGUACAUGAUUUUUGAUAAUAAUAGGCGUGACCGCAAGGCAGGAGUCAAGGUCAAGGCUGGGGACGUGCCAACCCUCAAGCUGCGGGAUGGCCCUGAUUCACCCGAGUUUAGAUGGUAUCUAUAG